AUGUCCACUCAAAGACCUGGACUGCCCCAACCGACGGAAGAGGAGAAAGAGAGGCAGAGACGUCUCCUCGAGCUUUGCCUGCAACAAGUGGGAUUCUUCAGGGGAAAGAAGAUCCCGAUCUACACUGCUGGAGAGCUUGAGUACGAGAAAUCUGUCGCAAACGCGAACCUUCUCUACCGCUUUGAAAGACCAGGUUGUGUCAUCCAACCUGAGCAUGAAUCCCAUAUUCGCAUCGUCGUUGACCGAGCCAAGAAGGUACACUUGCCCAUUCGAAUCAAGAAUGGAGGCCACUCAUUCGCCGGGUUCUCUGCUAUCAAUAAUGGCAUCUCGAUUGAUCUGGUCAAUAUGAAACGCGUCGACCUCGACAAGGAUAAGAUGACCGUCACUAUGGAUGCAGGUGCCCUUUGGGCUCAUGCUUAUCACGAAUUGAUCAACGACCAUCAUGAUAAACUGGUUAUCAAUGGAGGACGUUGUCCAAGCGUCGGGGUCAGUGGUUUCACUCUGGGUGGAGGCCUCGCGCCCUUUACUCGAAGCUUCGGUUUGGGAAGUGACACGCUUCUUGAGGCUCGCAUUGUCACCGCAGACCAUGGAGUGGUCCAAGUCAGCCACGAUGACAGUGAUGAGGAAAAGAAGAAGCUCUUUUGGGCCCUUUGUGGCGCUGGCGGCAAUAACUUCGGGGUGGUCACCCAGCUCAAGAUGAAGGUUCAAGAACUGCACCACGAUGUUGUGGUUGCUGGGGUUUAUAACUGGGCGCCAUCUCAUGAUCCCAAGUCCCAGGUCGCUUUUACUGAAGCGAUGGUGAAAUUCUAUAAUGCUGGGUGGACCAACAACAUGACGAUUGACACCAGCUGGUUGAUGGACCUCAAGGAUACCCGCGAAGACCCGUCUGUUCGAUUUCUGGUAUACUAUAAUGGACUAGAGACUGAAUUUGACAAAGAAGUCGAUGAGCGUCUCGGAGAUUGCGGCAAGGUCGAAGACACGGACAAGUCACUUGCAAAGCAGCUCAAGGAUCGAACUUUGCCGGAGAAUUCCACUCUAUUCCUUCACGAGACUCUUGUAGCUCAGUGGUCAGAGGAAACUCAGAAAGCCUUGCCUUCGAACGCCUUGUUCAGGAUCUACACUUCCUUUUCUUUCACAAAGGCCAGUGUCAGAAAGAAUAUUUCUGACAUAAUUGAGACUCUACAAAAGGGAUUGGUGGCUUUCAAGAAUGAGUUCAAAGGCGAAGAAGGCUCAAUCAAAGUGUCUUGGAUUCAUUCUGGUGGGAAAGCCAAUGAAACUAAACCCGUUGACUCCGCCUAUCCUUGGCGUGAAUGUGACUAUCACACAUACAUCAUGAUUGAGUGGAAGGAUAAGUGGUUGGAGACCAGGAUGAAAGAAAUCCUCACGGGCUUUAAUGAGGCUCUGAGAAAGUAUUCUGUGGACGGGCUUGGUGUGUAUAUCAACUUCCCAGAUGCGACACUCGACGAGAACACAUACGAGAAGGCAUACUAUGGUGUCAAUCGAGACAAACUGCAGAGCGUCAAGGCAUACUGGGAUAAGGACAAUAUCUUCCAAUGGCCUCAUGGAGUUCAAGUUGGACCCCACGUUGACUCUAAGGGCGCUGCAAUGGAAUUUGCAGCUCCGCCUCCACCUCCCAGCAAUAACCCUAUUGUCGAGGGGUUUGCCAACCCAAGGGAAGCUACGGGCGUGGCUGCAAUCUUUUCUUGGGAUACCUUCAACCCGACUAGUGGCAGCCCUAUAGUUAGCCUAGGUAACUGA